ACAGCAGCGUGUAAAACUUUGCAGCAGUUGGUGAAGUUUAGAAGCUGCUGCUCCUCUGGUGGAGGAGAAGCUCUCUAGAUCCUCCAGGAGAAGCUCCUCACAGACCCAGCAGCUGCUCCACUGGCCGCCCUGCGCUGCCCCUCCCCCGGCAUGAAGAUCCAGUUCGCCCCGCUGAACGUGCCGCUGCAGAGGAGGCUGCAGACCGCCGCGGUGCUGCAGUGGCUCUUCUCCUUCCUGGCUCUGGCCCAGUGCUGUCUGGCUGCGUUCGUCCUCUUGGCUCUCUCUGAUUGGUGGAUGGUGGCCCUGCUGUAUGCUGGUUGGCUUUGGUUGGACUGGGACACGCCCACCACAGGAGGUCGCAGGUCCCAGUGGGUGAGGAAGUGGACGGUGUGGGAGUAUUUUAGGGACUACUUCCCCCUGACGCUGGUUAAAACCGUGGAUCUGGACCCCACCAAGAACUACAUCUUUGGCUUCCACCCCCACGGGGUUCUGGUAGCCGGUGGAUUUGGGAACUUCUGCACGGAGGCCACAGGGUUCUCCCGCCUGUUUCCGGGUCUGAGGUCUCACCUUCUGAUGCUGCCGUUCUGGUUCCGAGUGCCGUUCUUCAGGGACUACAUCAUGUGUGGAGGACUGGUGUCCAGCUGUAAGUCCAGUCUGUCCCAUCUGGUCAGCCGUCCUGGAGGAGGAAACGUGGCGGUGAUUGCAGUGGGCGGAGCUCCAGAAGCUCUGGAUGCUCGACCCGGGGCUCUGACUCUGCAGGUGAAGAACAGGAAGGGCUUCAUCAAACUGGCCCUGAAACACGGAGCUCAGCUGGUUCCAGUCUUUUCUUUUGGAGAGAAUGAGCUGUUUGAUCAGAUGGAGAACCCAGCUGGAUCUCCUCUGAGGAGGCUGCAGGUCCACAGCACACCACCCAAACACUGACAGAACCCCAGCAGGGUCAUGUUCUCCACAUUUAUCAGCUGUGCUGCUGCCAUCAACACCUUUGUUUCUAGAUGUUUGAGCUUGGCCUGUUUUCCA